AUUCGGUCGCUAGAUUCUUAAGAAUAAAUUUUCAAGUUAUUAUUAGCGACAAAAAUUUAUCCAUCUCUAUUUUCGUUGCUAGUUUUUUAAAGUUUAUCUAGGGCACAUAUUCUCUCCUCUCUAUCAAAGUCGCCACUUGCUCUCAUCUUCAACAAUGUGAGUUUCUUCCUUCCAAUACAACAAAUUAUGCAUGAAUUUAAGGCUCAUAUGCAAUGGGAACAUAGACAUCUGAUAGCAAAUAGAAGAAAUUUCGAAAUUGGGCAAAAACUUUUGUUGUAGAACUUCAGAAAUUGCCAAGAAAUUCAAAGUAUCUCUCAACUUCAUUCCGUUUAUGUUUGCUGCUCCGCAAGAUUCUCACACGAAAGCCCUUAUUUUUACUAUUUUUGCACUUUGUCUACACCAUUAUUCUUAUCUUUGUUCAGUUACUCUACAAAGUGUAUAUUGUGACAAUCCUUAUCGAUAUUACACUUGGAAAAUCACUUAUGGAGACAUUUAUCCUUUGGGCGUAAAACAACAGGGAAUCUUGAUUAAUGGGCAGUUUCCAGGGCCACAGAUUGUCACAACCCAAAACUAACCCCGGUCGUAAUGGCGCCUAUCGUGGAACUAGGUAAGCCGACUCAUUUUCAAA